GUCAGUUGGUGGGAAGCACGGACACGUGAAGUAACAAUGGACUACACGCGUGUGUUUCUCUGUAUUGUUCUAUACCUUUGGCAGCUCUGUCUUCCAACUCAUGGUGCCUGUCGUUGUCUCAAUCAGGCGCAGUGUGAUCCUCCCUACACACACUGUGAGGCUGGAUGUGAAGCUGGUUUUGCUGGAAGUCGAUGCCAGUACGUCAACCAGUUGACGUUUGCAUCCUGCACAGAGGGUCAAACGGCUGUCGAUAGUGACCUCGGAACGUGUGCACGUCAUAUCAUUAAAUGCACUUUUGAAGGACCAGCAAGGACAUUUAACAUCAUCCGAAUUGUUCAUGAACCAGGUGAACCUCUGUCUUCAAAGUAUUUUUACGGACGACGUCUCUGGAAUCCAGUAUCGAUUUACAGGAAAGUGACCAAAACAAUUACUGUCUACAAGUACAGUGGGAUGCAAAAGUUCUCCAGUCUUAAGUUAAACCUACAGCGCGGGGUGUGCGAGGUAGCUGUAACUUACGAAUGCCUUCACAAUGGUGAAUGUGGCAUGGAGUGCAACUGUAAGAAUGCCUCGGACUGUUUGGAGAGCACCAGUCGGUGUCCGUCAGGCUGCGCAGAAGGUUACAUCGGUGAAAACUAUGGCUGUAAAAAAGACACUUCUGAUCCUGGACAAAUGUCGACAUCAAAGGUCACACUGGUGUCAUCUGCAGCUUCUAGCUCACCUCCAACACCUACAGGGUGCACCAGUGGCAAGUACGGAGUUGACUGUACACAGGACUGUUCAUCUGGGUGUCCGUCCAGGGGAUGUGACAGUUCCACUGGAGAGUGUCUGGAUGGACGUUGUAAACCCGGAUGGACGAACACUGAUCCCCAACUUAAACGAUGUGAUCAAGAGUGUUCUGACGGCUACUAUGGUGCCAACUGUGCCUCGACAUGUUCCCCUGGAUGUGUUUCAUUUUCGUGUGAUCGGAAAACUGGAAGGUGUGCACACAAUGGACGAACAGACUGUAAACCUGGCUGGACGCCCGGGUCUAAUUACAGGUGUGACAGGUGCGCCAGAGGCAAGUACGGAUUUGACUGUACACAGGACUGUUCAUCUGGGUGUGAGACUUGGGCAUGUGACAGUUCCACUGGAGAGUGUCCGGGUGGACGUUGUAAACCCGGAUGGACGAACACUGAUCCCCAACUUAAACGAUGUGAUCAAGACUGUGAUACCGGGACAUAUGGACAAAACUGUAACGCGAGGUGUAACCCAGGAUGUAAAUUGGAGUCCUGCAACCACGUCACCGGUUACUGCAACUGUAAAGAAGGAUGGACAGGUGAUCGUUGUGAACAAACUUGUCGGGCUGGGACAUACGGACCCCGCUGUGCAAAGACGUGUAACGAGGGAUGUAAACAAGGGUCGUGCAACCACGUGACCGGUGACUGUGACUGUAAAGAUGGAUGGACAGGUUGGCAAUGCGAAAACCCUUGUGUUGCUGGGACAUACGGACACCGCUGUACAAAGACGUGUAACGAGGGAUGUAAACCUGAACACUGCAACCGCGUCACCGGUGAUUGUAACUACAAAUGUAAAGAUGGAUGGAGAGGUCAGCAAUGUCUGAACAAAUGCAGGAAAGGGUGGUAUGGACCAAGUUGUAACAACCGGUGCCGCAGUCAAUGUAGCAGUUGCCACCAUGUCACAGGGAGCUGUGCCGGUAACUGCCUUUCUGGGUGGCAUGGGGAAAACUGCUCUUCACGAUGUCAACCAGGCACAUAUGGCCAGAAUUGCAGGAAUCAGUGUCAUGAAGGAUGUCAACCUGAGAAAUGCGACUCAGACAAUGGACAUUGUGGAACUUCCUGUACAGCCGGAUGGACUGGAGAAAACUGUGUUGAUGAGUGCGACGAUGGAAGGUAUGGCGAAAAUUGUAAGGAAGAUUGCAACAUCCACUGUAUCAAUGCCACGUGUCACCAUGUGAAUGGCUCCUGUACUCAUGGCUGUCUGGACGGAAGAAGUGGCGAGUAUUGUGAAGUUUCUGAAGCCGGACACCACAAUGUAAACCUCAUCGUUGGACUCCUUCUCUUUCUAAGGAGACAGCAGUUGUCAUGUGGUAACCCGGACCAUAUUCUGUACCAGGAUGUACUGUACAAUGAAACUCCGGCGUCAGGUUCACCAGAUGUUGUCCUGCCUGAUGACGUGCAGUGA